GUGAGUUACGUCACGUCCUUUGAGGUCGACUUCCACACGUGUUGAACUACAGACUGUUUACACUGUUUGCCAAAGUGUGCUUGUACUUUCAGCUACCAAUGCUAACAUAUAACGCUUAUAUUAUUGUGUCAGCCUGAGCUACGCUACAGUGAUGCCCAAAGUAAAGAGAUCCAAAGGAGGAGGAGAGAAGAGCGGCGGCGGAGCGACGGCGGCGGCGGCGGCGGUGGCGCUGGCCGACCAGAUCCUCCAGGCGGACACGAUCCGAGCCCGAGGCCGGGUGAAGGGGCGAGACGUCCGCUCAGAAAACGACGAUCAGUACGUAGAUGAUCGAUUGUCGAGGAAAAUCUUACAGCAGGCCCGGAUUCAACAGGAAGAGCUGCAGACUGAAUGUGGACUGGCCCCGGAGAAGAAAAAGACACCAGUCACUGUUCUCGGCCCUGACUCUCAGGAUGCAGACUCGGAUGAAGAGUGGCCUGCACUGGGACACGCAGGUGCUGGUGAUGCCGAUGCGGAAGGUGACUCUGAAGUUGUUGUGGACGCCGACGAUGAAAAGGCCAUUGAGAUGUUCAUGAAUAAGAACCCUCCAGUGAGGAGGACCUUGGCGGACAUCAUCAUGGAAAAGAUCACAGAGAAGCAGACUGAGGUUGGAACAGUGAUGUCUGAGGUGUCAGGUCACCCGAUGCCCGAGCUGGACCCCAGAAUCAUAGAGGUGUACAAAGGUGUGAGUAAGGUUUUGUCAAGGUACCGCAGCGGAAAGCUGCCAAAGGCUUUUAAAAUAAUACCAGCGCUCUCAAACUGGGAACAGGUUCUGUAUUUGACCGAUCCGGAGUCCUGGACUGCGGCUGCCAUGUACCAAGCAACCAGAAUAUUUUCCUCCAAUCUUAAAGAGCGAAUGGCUCAGAGAUUUUACAACUUGGUGCUGCUGCCGAGAGUCCGGGACGACAUCGCAGAGUACAAGCGACUCAACUUUCACCUCUACAGCGCCCUGAAAAAGGCCCUAUUCAAACCAGGAGCAUGGUUUAAAGGUAUACUUAUUCCGUUAUGUGAGUCUGGGACGUGUACGCUGAGGGAAGCCAUCAUUAUUGGAAGCAUACUAACUAAAUGCUCAAUCCCGGUGCUGCACUCCAGCGCGGCAAUGCUUAAAUUGGCAGAGAUGGAGUACAACGGUGCCAACAGCAUUUUCCUGCGUCUCCUGCUAGACAAGAAGUACGCCCUGCCUUUCCGUGUCCUAGAUGCCUUGGUGGCCCACUUCCUGUCUUUUCGCAGUGAAAAACGUGUUCUUCCUGUGCUGUGGCACCAGAGCCUCCUGACCCUGGCCCAGCGCUACAAGGCCGACCUGGCCGCUGAGCAGAAGGAAGCACUGCUGGAGCUUCUCCGGAUCCAAACACACCCUCUGAUUUCAGCAGAGAUUCGCAGAGAGCUGCAGAACUCAGAGUCAAGAGAUGUUGAAGUUGGACUCACUGCUGUAGAGGAUAUGGACUGAUGUAGUCUGCUUUUUUAUGUUCCCACAGCAUAAAAAGACUUUGGCUGCCUUCAUGUUAGAAAUGUUAAAAUAACAAGACGUUGGUGGAAUCUGGUCAUGCUCCAUCUUGUUAUUGCAGAUAAAACAUGCUUAUCAGUGGUGAUGUAAGAUGUUUUUUUGUAACACAAAUCUGAGCUUGAGAAUAAAGAAGCCUGGUAUAAUUCAGAGUUGGAUAAAUUAGCAACACGGAUUAAAAAUCUAAUGAAUGAUAUACAUAUGGUCAUUGAUUUUUAUUUAUUAACAAGCCACACAAGCUCAAACUGGUUAAGACUUUAUCCAUUAUUAAAGUCUUGGAAUGAUUGAAUAAUUAAAAAUUCUAUUUAUUUCAAUCACUGCAGCAGAAAUUGGUUCUCAGACUUUUAGAACAUCUAAUCUUUUGCUUGUAAUCGUCAAGUUUGUCACAAUAAAGAAAUAGCACAACUUCUUUUGCAUGAAAACCUUUGUACUAUGUCAAACAGAGUCCCUGAUAAUGGUUGCUGUUAAACACAUUUCCUUUAUUAAAAAAUUAUUAACCAU